UAAACAAUUUUUGUAAAUUGCACGGAAACCUCUACCUAUUGAUUUUUAUAUAAGACGAAACAAGAUAAAAACUAUAAUUAUUAUUGCGUAUAAAAUAAGGUCUAAACAUAUCUGCUAUGACCAUGUCUGAGAAUUUUAUAGAUAAUUCAGAAAAUACCGGACGUGUAACAAGGCCGACAUUAGCGCAGCUCAAAGCUGUUGUAAACUUCAUUGAGCAAUAUCCAGAGUUAGCUCAAAGAAAGCUUCAAUGUAGAAUCAGCAAUGAAAAAUUUCAACAAUUAUGGGCAAAUCUUUCUAAUAUAGCAAAUUCUAUGGACGGAACCCGUAAAACGAUUCGUGGUUGGAUAAAAUUUUGGUCUGAUAAACGAAGGAGCGUAACAUUAAAAAAUCGACAAAUAAAUCAAGGAAAGCUGCAAGAUAGGCUAACAGCGCUAGAACAGAAAAUUCUUAAAUUGUGCACAGGUGUAAAAGCUAAGAAAAAUAAAGAAAUGAAACAAGAACCUUGUAAUGGAGAUGACAGCUCAAUGGAUGAUCAUUAUCUAAAGAAUAGUGAUCUACCUAAUGGUGAUGUCAACAAGUUGCUUCCAACUGAAUGUGAUGAAAGGAAUUUUAAUAUUAUGGAUACAAUGAUAGAAGCAAUGAGCAAACAGGCAAUGGCUGUAUCACAAAUGGCACAAGCUUCCCUUGCUCAUUCAAAAGCAAUGGAACAAAUAGCUGAAGCAUCACACAAGCAAGCUCUGGCCGUGGACAGACUUGCUACAACAUUUGAGAGUAUCUGUGGAUCUGCUUAUGAAGUGAGGAAUGCUAUAAUGGGAAUAAACUACACUAUAAAGGGAUGUUACUCAGCAAAUGCUCAAAAUAGACAGAACUCUAAUAUUUUCAGUUAGUCAAUUGUGUCCUGAGUAAUGAGUAUUACAAGUAUGUGUGUAAUUAAUAAUAUGAAUUGGUAUUUAUUUUAAAUAUUUAUUAGGUUUUUUUACUUAUAGACUGAAAGCAUUCUCAAAAGUAUUAUUAGGAUAAGUUUUACUAUAAUAUUUUACUUUAUUUACAAUAAUAAUAUUAGUACUGUUGCUAUGGAAGUACAUGAAAAUAAUCUGUCUUUAAAUAAAAAUCCAUUAUUUCUUGGUUGCGACUUUCUCAACAUCAUUAUCUUCACGGUUUUUUUUUUCAAAAUUGUAAAAAAAUUAACAGAGUUGCCCUUCUACGUCAAAACUCACACAUACCGUAUAUUUUACGGACCUUACAUACGGUAUGUGUGAGAGAGAGAAUAGAAUUAUACAAGGUAAACAUCACAAAUAGCUACAUUUUUUGUUACUACAAAUGUAAAUUACCUAUUUCGU